AUGGGUUUCGCGCAUGCGCACGGCGUUUGUAUAUUUUGCGUAAUUUGACAGUUAAAGUAUCGACAGUGCCAGUGUUUGGUGUACAUAAUUUCGUGUUGCAUUAUGUCUAUUAUGCCAUUGUGGCCUAAUUUACAACCCAGAGCGACAGAUCCUUUGUGGUUUAAUGCCGACAGGCCAUGCGACGACGAAAGCGAAGUGGCUGCGCUUGAAGCAGAACAUCAAGCAUGGAGAGAGCACGUUCGAGUACAAGGUUAUGACCACAUUCCGAUUGGAAAAACAGUCAGUGAUUUCAGAGGAUCCGAGGAAGAAGAGGAGGAGGAGGAGGAAGAAGAAGGCGAAGGAGAAGAAGAAGAGGAAUCAGAUACCCAUGAAGAAGAGGAAGAAGAAUUAGACGAAAUUGAUAUGGAAGUGAGCUAUUCGCAUCAACAACAAAGAUCCAGUCCAACAGAUACAGUAACAGAUCCAGUGUCCAUUAGAAUGGUUAGCACACAUACCGGUCGUUAUUCUUCAUAAAAUCACUAACCCUUUCUUAUAAAUUUCUUUUUCGAUUAUAUUAUUUAAGCUUAUUUAUUAAUAACUGUUAAAUACACAUACUUAGUAGCUCUAUAAUAUUGAGAUUAUAUAAAAAAAAAUAAAUAAAAAAUUACAAA